AUGUCUAGUCCACCUUCACCUAGAACAGCAGCUUUAACUGUUCAGAUCGCAGCCAUGUGUGACAAUUUUGAAAGAUUGUUAAGAGAACAAGGUGAACAACUUCAACAAAGAAUUGAUGAGUUGGAAAGGAGGCCCCAAAAUUCUAAUGAUGGUAGUGGUGAUGAGGAGGAAAGAAGACGUAGAAGGAGACAAGGGAGAGAUAAUUUGAGGGGCAUAAAAAUUAAAGUUCCAUCUUUUGUUGGGAAGAGUGACCCGGAGGCAUAUCUAGAAUGGGAGACUAAACUUGAACAAAUUUUUAAUUGCCACAAUUAUUCUAAUCUUGAAAAAGUGCAGGUUGCUUCUAUUGAGUUCAAGGAGUAUGCCUUAGUUUGGUGGGAUCAAUUGACCAAAGAUAGAAGGAGGUAUGCAGAACGACCAAUUGAUACUUGGGAAGAGAUGAAAAGAAUCAUGAGGAGAAGGUUUGUUCCUUCCUAUUAUCAUAGGGAAUUGCACAACAAAUUGCAAAGACUCACUCAAGGUUCUAAAAGUGUUGAAGAAUAUUUCAAGGAGAUGGAAGUUCUCAAAAUUAGAGCUAAUGUAGAGGAGGACGAUGAAGCAACUAUGGCUAGGUUUCUCCAUGGUCUAAAUCAUGAAAUUGGUGACAUAGUGGAACUUCAUCACUAUGUUGAAAUGGAUGAAUUGGUACACCAAGCUAUCAAAGUGGAACAACAACUCAAAAGAAAGAGCCAAGCAAGGAGAAAUUCCACCACUUUCAAUUCUCAAAGUUGGAAGGACAAAACAAAGAAGGAUGGUGCUUCAUCAUCUAAGGAAGCCACGAUUGAAAACAAAGGUAAAACUAUUACAUCUUCUUCUUCAAGUGUUUCAACUAACAAAAGUGUUAAGUGUUUCAAGUGUCAAGGCCAAAGACAUAUUGCAUCUCAAUGUCCAACAAAGAGAACUAUGCUUAUGGAAGAAAAUGAAGAAAUUGUUGAAGAGGAGGAUGGUGAUUAUGAUGAGGAGUUUGAAGAAGAAAUACCUAGUGGAGAUUUACUCAUGGUGAGAAGAAUGUUGGGAAGCCAAAUAAAGGAGGAGGAUACAAGUCAAAGAGAAAACCUUUUUCAUACAAGAUGCUUUGUGCAAGGAAAGGUUUGUUCUUUAAUAAUUGAUGGAGGAAGUUGUACAAAUGUUGCAAGCACGCGUCUGGUUUCUAAACUAAAAUUGGAAACAAAACCUCACCCUAAGCCUUACAAACUCCAAUGGCUUAAUGAAAGUGUAGAAAUGCUUGUUAAUAAACAAGUUGAGAUUUGUUUUAAAAUUGGAAAAUAUGAGGAUGUAGUGUUGUGUGAUGUAGUACCAAUGGAAGCUAGUCAUUUGUUAUUAGGUAGGCCUUGGCAAUUUGAUAGAAAAGCCAAUCAUGAUGGGUACUCCAAUAAGUACUCUUUUAUGUAUCAUGAUCAAAAGAUCAAUCUUGUACUGUUAAAUCCUAGUGAGGAAUUUAAAGAAUUGUUUCCGAAAGAGGUGCCAAGUGGUUUACCACCUAUAAGAGGAAUUGAACAUCAUAUUGAUCUCAAUCCAGGAGCAUAUUUGCCUAAUAGGCCAGCAUAUUGA